AUGAAGAGGGUACUGGUCAUUUGGCUGUUAAUUUUGCUGUUUAAGCAUUAUCAAUGUGGUGCUGUUAUUUUUAAACUGACCAAUGCAGUAUGUGAGUCCUACAACAAAUCCUGGGUGGAGUUCGGUGUGUGUCGCCUUCGAGCCGUGAAUCGGAAUAAAGUCUGCCUUAAUGUCGAUGCUAACUUGCUUCACCCGGUGCACGAUUUAAUAGUGAAGGCCCAAUUAUUUAAAAGAGCCAAUGGCUACAAGCCAUGGCUCUAUAGCGUCAAUUUCGACGGCUGCCAAUUUAUACGACGGAGAAAUAACGCUUUAAUUCGUAUUGUUUGGGAUCUUUUCAAAGAGUACUCGACACUCAAUCACUCCUGUCCUUAUGUGGGGCUGCAACAAGUUAAGAACUUUUAUCUGAGAUCCGAAAAGCUGCCUACUCCCAUACCCACUGGGGAUUAUCUUUUGAUGAUCGACUGGGUAUUUAAUAAGAAGCCGCAAGCUGCCACAAAUAUAUAUUUUACCUUUGUCGAGGAUCUAAAAGAUAGUUAAAAAAUGUUGUUUUUUAUAGUCCGAAAACUACAAUAAUUUUCUUG